GCUUAUAAAUUAUUGUGAAAUUUGGGCCGUUAAGGCAAGUUAUACAGGUUCUUUAUCUGCAGUAUUCCGGUGCACACACACAGGCUGCGGCAGAAGCUGAUAGACGAAGAGCUGAAGACAUGGCACAAACGUUUAAUGGAAAACCAGGAGACCUGAUCGAGAUCAGCCGUUUGGCCUAUCAGCACUGGGCUGUCUACAUUGGAGAGAAUGAAGUGGUUCAUUUAGUUCCAGAGGGUGGUGACUCAUCUGGCUCGUUUGAGCUUCUGAGCAGCAGAGGAGAGGAGCGUGAGAAGCUCACGGACGUGGUCGGCAAUGAGUGUCACCAGGUCAACAAUCUGCAGGAUGAAAAGUACGAGGCUCGUGAUCCCUACGUCAUAGUGAAGGAGGCCUGUGAGAUGGUGGGCAGCGAGCUACAGUACAGCGUUGUCACUUACAACUGCGAGCACUUUGCUACCGAGAUGCGAUACGGCAAGGCAGAGUCUUGGCAGGUGUGUAUCUAACUGUUGGGUUCGUUAACCUUGUUAACUCUUCCACAGCAAA